AUUGGACACCACCGCUCAUAUUAAUUAUAUUUGACUCGUAGUAAUAAAAUCACUAAAACAAGACGCCCUAACUUAACGACAGUACAUAUAUUUAUCAUAUACUAACUAUGGUGACAUGCGUUUUUCUUACUUUUGGACAUAAAAGUAAGGGUCAAGUACUAACUGACAAAUCAAUCCUCUGUAUAUAUAUAUAUAUAUAAAUAUAUCUCUUUAUUAACUACAGCCACAUGAGCCAGAUUUUUUCUUUUAUCUCCAGACUGUUCUAUCUCUGACUGUUUCUAUGGAGCUCUUCUCUGCUCUAACGCCAUUUUUCUUCCUUCUCUUUUCUAUCUGUUUCUUCGUUCACAUUUUUCAAACAAGACCCAAGAAACCUAAUGUUUCAACUUCUACCAUCAACAUCAAAAGCUACCCUAUACUCGGCCACCUACUGGAGUUAAUCAAAAACCGAAACAGAAUACUCGACUGGCUCACUGAUUUUCUAAGACAAAACCCUAACAACACCAUAAUCUUAAAACGACCCUUCAAUGAAAUUACCAUCGAAACCGCCAACCCUUUAAACAUGGAGCACUUCGCCAAGACCAACUUCGAGAACUACCCUAAAGGCGACUUUAUAAUAUCACUCUUCGGGGAGCUACUCGGCGGAGGAAUAUUCAACUCCGACGCCGAGCGCUGGAGGGUGCAACGAAAGGCUGUCAGCCACGAGUUCAGCACCAAGUCCUUGAGAAACUUCGUCGUUGAAAGCGUUGUCGUCGAGAUCGAAACUAGGCUGCUUCCAAUUCUGGAAAAGGCCUCCAGAACAGGUGAGAUUAUAGACUUACAGGACGUUUUGGAGAGGUUCGCUUUUGAUAAUAUCUGCAAAUUAGCUUUCGACGUUGACCCGGGUUGUCUCUGCGUGGACGGAGCCGAUGGUGGUGCCGGCGAUGAACUCAUGAGAGCUUUUGCAGAAGCCGUCGAAAUCAGCUCCACUAGGUUCAUGGACUUUAUUCCCUUUCUAUGGAAGAUUAAGAGGUUUCUCAACGUUGGAUCAGAGAAACGUCUGAGGCAAUUAAUCUCAACCGUUCAUAAAUUUGCUGAUAGUAUUAUAACGUCAAGAAAGGAAUCUUUAUCUAACGAAGAAAAAAACACCAAAGGAGACCUAUUGUCUAGAUUUAUCGGAGACGACGAACUAAACUCGACCGAGUUCUUGCGAGAUAUCGUGACUAAUAUGAUUCUCGCAGGACGAGAUACAACAUCCUCUGCUCUAUCCUGGUUCUUUUGGCUCCUAUCGUCCAGACCAAAAAUCCAACAAAAUAUCUUGAAAGAGCUCGAGUUAAUUCGGGCUCGAAAAACUGAUGCUACAAAUUUCAGCAAUAAUAAUACUUAUAGUUUCGACCAAAUUAGAGAUAUGCAGUACCUGCACGCCGCGAUCACGGAAAGUAUGAGACUUUACCCGCCUGUGCCGGUGGAUUCGAGGUUGUGUCUAAACGACGACGUUUGGCCGGAUGGGACUUUGGUGGGAAAGGGUACUGUGGUGUCGUUUCAUCCGUAUGCCAUGGGGAGAAUGGAGAGUAUAUGGGGCGAGAAUAGUCUUGAGUUUCAGCCGGAGAGGUGGCUCGUCGAUGGAGUGUUUCGGCCGGAGAAUCCGUACCGGUAUCCCGUCUUUCAUGCCGGUCCGAGAAUGUGCCUCGGUAAAGAAAUGGCUUAUAUUCAGAUGAAGUCGAUUGCAGCGUCGGUGCUUGGGAAGUUUGAAGUGGACGUAUUGAAUAGAGACACGUGUCCAGAGCAUUUGCUUGUUGUGACUUUAAGAAUGAAAGGCGGUUUACCUGUGAAAAUUACUAAACGAUCCGUUUAGUGUGAUUAGGUAAACUCAAUUAUCAGUAUUAAUUAUAAUGUCUUCUGGUAUUUUAGUGGAAAGUCUUUGUUUAAUUUUUUUCAAGCUUAUGGGGUUAUUGACUUACUGAGAAAACAAUAUUAAAAACGUGUGGUUGGUAUUAUGAAA